AGUAAAUCUACUAAAUAUAUCGUGUACCUGAGGCUUAACUUUUACUUCAUUUGUAUCUUAAUCCACUGAAUAAAUGUUUAAUCAGGCAAGUAACCCAGAAAUCGCUUAAUAGCACUUUUUUUUAAGGAAAUGAACGAACUUACCUUCCGCCUUUUUCGCUCUUGUGAUAGGUUUUGCAAGUCUUCAGUCUACAUUCAACAUUCGAACUAACCAGUUCAAAAAUUGUGCCUUUAAAAUAUGUGUUCGAUAUUCAAAGUUUAAAAAAUAAAAACUGCUUAUAAAGUGGCCAGUGACAAUAAAAUAAUCAAAAAAUAAACUUUUGCGACAUUGAAGCGAACGUUACCUAAUAAUAUUUCGUAAACAAACGAAUUACUUAAAAGUACGAAGUAAAAUCGAUAAAAAAACUAAUUCUUAUAAAAUUAAACUGAAUUUUCUAGCAAUCUUUUCGCAAAUUAUUGUGUACUCUCGCGUGGAAAAGUGUUAAAGUUUGGAAAUAACAUAAUGGCGGGUUUUCUGACGAUUAAAUCUCAACUAGAAAUGCAAAUGGACAAAGUUUGGUGGAAAAUGCGUGGAUACACUAUGCUGGAUGAAAUCGGCAGUCCAGACACAACAUACACGAUGGCAUCGAUAAACUCCGACCUCAAGAGUCCCGGGGACCCCCCCGAUAAGAAGCUCAACGACGCCGAUGCUGAGAAGCAACCGCUCUCUGGGAAAAGAGAAGAGAAAUGGUACCACACAUUGAUGCAAGUAGCUGUCCCGUUCUUCAUUGCUGGCUGCGGAACCAUUGGUGCUGGCCUCGUUCUAGGGCAAGUUCGAGACUGGGAUGUGUUCGUGCAGGUGUCAGCUAUAUUCGUGUUAGUACCAUCUCUCUCGGGACUGAAGGGUAACCUGGACAUGUGCUUAGCAUCGAGAUUGUCGACACAGGCGAACCUGGGCAACAUGGAGUCAGGGAAGGAGGUCAUAUCCAUGGUGGUCGGAAACAUAUCACUAGUACAGGUUCAAGCGAUAGUGGCAGCGACAGUAGUGUCGAUAUUUGCGAUCGUCAUCAACACGAUCACAGAUAGAACCUUCAACGGGUCCUACGUGCUGCUGUUGACAUCAUCUGCCGUCUUCACCGCCACCACCACAUGCUUCAUUCUAGACUUCGUGAUGGUGAUGGUGAUCUACGGGUCGCACAAGUUAAAGGUGAACCCGGACAACGUAGCGACUCCUCUAGCAGCAUCCAUCGGAGACAUCGUCAGCAACUCUGUACUCGCUGUCACUGCGCAGUACAUGUUCGAACAGAUAAAAGUGUCGCUGUGGCAACCGAUCACGCUGAUGUGCGUGUACUACAGUCUUCUCCCGUUCUGGGUGUUCGUCGUCUACAGAAACAAGUAUACGAAGAAGGUGCUCACCACAGGCUGGACGCCGGUCAUCUCCGCGCUGUUUAUUAGCGGUAUCGGAGGCAUCGUGUUAGACCAAGCAGUCGACCACUUCAGAGGCUACGAAGUGUUCCAGCCAAUAGUCAACGGCAUUGGAGGGAACCUGGUGUGCGUGCAGUCAUCGAGACUGGCCACGCAUCUUCAUCAGACAGCCAUCCCUGGAGUACUUCCUGAGAAUACCAGGAUGCUAGAGUGGCCGUGGAAGACGCUGUUCUUUGGAACUGCUGCAGCAAAAGUGGCGAGGAUGCUGAUAGUGCUCGCCGUAUGCGGGCAGAUCAUCUUCAUGAUCGUCGCAGACUUCGUCUAUCAAGGAUUCGUGUCAAUUCAAGUGCCCUUCGGCAUCACAUACGUUAUGUGCUCUGUGCUACAGGUGAUGGUGCUAUUGUACCUAGCUUACAUCCUCAUCCACUACAUGUGGAAGAAGAAGAAGGAUCCUGAUAACGCGGCCAUUCCUUACCUGACCGCCCUUGGAGAUCUUCUAGGAUCAGUCUUCUUAGGCCUAGCCUUUGUGAUUCUAUCUCUCUUCAAUAUGGAAUACGGCAAUAAUGUUUGAAGAGUAUCGUCGACGGUACGGAGGAACGAAUACACUAAGCUAAGAGCAUUUAUUUUGUGAAAAUGGAGAAUGGAGAUGUGUUUGACGGAAUUUUAAUCGUCUCCUAGAGAUACGUAUUGUAGUUGUUUGAAGACGUAAACGCCAACUCUAGAAUUUUGAUUGUUUUAUGGUCAGAGAUUCGUGAGCAUUUCAUUUUUCAAAAUAGAUGACAUUCAAAAUUAUUUUUCGCCUUUUUGCAUCCAAGAAAGUUGGGGCCAAAGAUAUUUUGACGUCAUAUAUUGAUUUGCCAUGCGUAUUUUAGCAAAUAAAGUUACCAACGGAAGGAAUACCCGUAGGGUCCGGCACGGAUUCUGCUAACGUUCUGUUUUACGUUUUUCAUACGUAACUGUACCGUACCGCUACAUGUAUGUACUAUGUUUUGUAAUCAAUGGGCUUUAUUAAAACUAAACACAAAAUAAUGAAUUUAGGGAUCGUCAGUAUUUUAUCUAGCUUACAUUUUAAAACCAGUUUUUUUUUUCUAAGUAUACUUGGUGCCAAAGUUACCUACAAUGACUUUGUCUGUUCGCGUUGAGAUUUGAUAGUAUAUUUUUCUAUCAAGCGAUGUCUUGUGUUGUAGCGUAUUUAAUUUUAUGAAUGGUGUGUGCGUACUUGAUGUUUAAUUAUCUGACUUGUAUUAAGGGCAACUCUGGCGUAUGAUACCUAUUGUAAAAAUUGUUGAACAGCUCGAAAAAUAGUGUUGUCCUUUACUAACGCCAACGCAAGAAAGAGAUAACGCUAGUUUUAGAACUGCCAAACAAAUUUCAAAAUAGUUUCGGACGCCAGAACACCCGACUAACACUAAGGUUGUAUUUCGUACAGCGGGAUGGGUAGGCGAAGUGAAAAAAAUGCCAAUUUUAAAUUCUUAAAAAACAAGCAAAUUAAAAACCAUAAUCGUUGCUUAAGACUGAAAAAA